AUGCUGCAAGUACUCCCAACCACAUCGCCUAUUAAGAAGCUUGAUGCUAUGGCUACGCAAUUGGUCGCAUCUCUUAACCUUGACCAAGCACUGCCCAUAACUACGGAAGCGUUGCGUGGAGCAUGCAGCGCUAGAUGGAGGAAUGUUCUUGAAGGCCAACCCCAAGCAGGACGGUGGUGGCGUGAAUUAUCCCUGGCGGCGCCAGACGGUAUCGACACUAAGGCAACCUUUGGGUGGAUUGACGACUCGAAGACGGUCGUGAGUGUUCAUGUGGAAAACGUCAUCAUGAACGUCAGGGCAAACUGCAUACCUACUAGAUCGUUCCCGAAGCGCCAACGAGACCCGAACUGCCGCGUCUGUGGAAGGACUGAUGAGUCCAUAACCCAUCUCCUGACAUCUUGUGUAGCCCUUCAACAUGCUGAGUACCUGCACCGACAUAAUGCUGUGGCCAAGGUCAUCUACAGCAAUGCCUUAGAGCUCCUCGGAUUCAAGAUGCAGGAGGAGUACUGGACGUGGACGAGGCCGCCAUCGAUGACGCAUGGGGAGAAGAGAGUGUUAUGGGACCAGAACAUCCCCACGCCGAGGAGAGUUGAGCAUUCAAGGCCUGACCUGCUAAUCCGCAACGGCAAACGGAUAGUCGUCUGCGAGAUAGGCGUAACGUCUGACAGCAACGUCGUCCAGAAGGAGCGAGAGAAGAAACUCCGCUACCAACCAUUGCUUCGGGAACUGCAGCAACUCCAUCCCGACUGCACCAUACAGCUCUUG